UCAAGGGAAAUUUGGACUGUCCCAGCUGUGAGCUGUACAGGUUCCAGACUGUGCCUUCAAUUCAUUCUCUGCUUUUCCUAAUUGGACAUCUGUGACCGUUAAGUCAAAAUGUCGCAAGCAGCCAUAACCGAGGAUGAAAAAUUUCUAUUUGUCGACAAGAAUCUUAUGAACAAUCCAUUAGCCCAGGCUGACUGGACAGCCAAAAAGCUGGUCUGGAUCCCUUCUGAGAAACAUGGAUUUGAAGCGGCAAGCAUCAAAGAAGAAAAGGGGGAUGAGGUUGUGGUGGAAAUGCAAGAAAAUGGGAAGAAGAUAACAAUCAGUAAGGAUGACAUCCAAAAGAUGAACCCACCUAAAUUUUCUAAAGUGGAAGACAUGGCAGAGUUGACUUGUCUUAAUGAAGCAUCCGUGCUGCACAACCUAAGGGAGAGAUAUUUCUCUGGCCUUAUCUAUACAUAUUCUGGUCUUUUCUGUGUUGUGGUCAACCCAUACAAAGCCCUACCAAUUUACUCUGAGAAAAUCAUUGAUAUGUACAAAGGAAAGAAAAGGCAUGAAAUGCCACCUCAUAUCUAUGCAAUAGCAGACACAGCCUACAGGAGUAUGUUACAAGAUCGUGAAGAUCAGUCUAUUCUGUGCACGGGUGAAUCUGGUGCAGGUAAAACAGAGAAUACCAAGAAGGUCAUUCAAUACCUAGCUGUUGUGGCAUCCUCACACAAAGGAAAAAAAGACACUACCAUCACUCAAGGCCCAUCUUUUGCUUACGGAGAGCUGGAAAAGCAGCUUCUUCAAGCCAAUCCUAUUCUAGAAGCUUUUGGUAAUGCCAAAACAGUAAAGAAUGACAACUCCUCCAGAUUUGGUAAAUUUAUCCGUAUCAACUUUGAUGUGACAGGCUACAUUGUUGGUGCAAACAUUGAAACCUAUUUGCUUGAGAAAUCACGUGCCAUUCGACAAGCAAGAGACGAGAGGACUUUCCACAUAUUUUAUUAUUUGAUCCAGGGUGCCAAGCCUGCUUGGAGAGAGGACUUGUUACUUGAAGGUUUUGGAAAUUAUACAUUUUUAUCCUAUGGCUAUGUACCUGUUCCUGCUGCUGAUGAUGGUGACAUGUUCCAGGAAACCUUGGAAGCCAUGGAAAUUAUGGGAUUCUCAGAAGAUGAACAGCUUUCAAUGAUGAGGGUAGUUUCAUCUGUUCUCCAACUUGGCAACAUCGUCUUUAAAAAAGAAAGGAACACAGAUCAAGCAUCUAUGCCUGAUGACACAGCUGCCCAGAAAGUGUGCCACCUUGCAGGAAUCAAUGUGACAGAUUUUGCACGAUGCAUCCUCACUCCCCGUAUCAAGGUGGGACGUGACUUUGUGCAGAAAGCACAGACAAAAGAACAAGCUGAUUUUGCUAUUGAAGCCUUAGCUAAAGCAACAUAUGAACGACUUUUCCUUUGGAUUCUCAACCGAGUGAACAAGGCUUUGGACAAAACGAAAAGACAAGGGGCCUCUUUCCUUGGUAUCCUUGAUAUUGCAGGCUUUGAAAUAUUUGAAGUCAACUCAUUUGAGCAGCUCUGUAUCAACUACACCAAUGAAAAGCUCCAGCAGCUUUUUAACCACACAAUGUUUAUCCUGGAACAAGAAGAAUAUCAAAGGGAAGGCAUUGAAUGGAACUUCAUCGACUUUGGUCUUGAUCUGCAACCUUGCAUAGAGCUUAUUGAAAGGCCUAAUAACCCUCCUGGUAUCUUGGCUCUUUUGGAUGAAGAGUGUUGGUUCCCUAAAGCCACUGAUGUCUCAUUUGUGGAGAAAGUAAUACAAGAGCAAGGAAACCACAUUAAAUUCCAAAAAACAAAACAACUGAAGGACAAAACCAUAUUCACCUUAGUACACUAUGCAGGGAAGGUGGAUUAUGAUGCUACUUCAUGGCUUACCAAAAACAUGGAUCCACUGAAUGACAACGUGACAGCUCUCCUUAACCAGUCAUCAGAUAAAUUUGUUGGAGACCUGUGGAAAGAUGUUGAUAGGAUUGUGGGAUUGGAUCAGAUGGCAAAAAUGACUGAAAGUUCUCUUCCAAGUGCUUCAAAAACGAAAAAAGGCAUGUUCCGUACUGUUGGGCAACUGUAUAAAGAGCAACUUACCAAACUGAUGACAACUCUGCGAAACACAAGCCCCAAUUUUGUCCGCUGUAUCAUCCCAAAUCAUGAAAAAAGGUCAGGAAAGCUUGAUGCCCACCUUGUGCUGGAACAACUGAGAUGCAAUGGUGUCCUGGAAGGCAUCAGAAUUUGUCGCCAAGGAUUCCCUAACAGAAUUGUGUUUCAGGAAUUCCGCCAGCGAUAUGAAAUCCUCACAGCUGGUGCUAUCCCUAAAGGCUUCAUGGAUGGCAAGCAAUCAUGUAUGCUUAUGAUGAAAGCAUUGGAACUUGACACAAAUUUAUACAGAAUCGGCCAAAGUAAAGUUUUCUUCAGGACUGGAGUCCUGGCCCAUCUAGAAGAAGAGCGUGACUUAAAGAUUACAGAUAUCAUUAUUACUUUCCAAGCCCUAGCUCGUGGUUUCCUUGCAAGAAAGGCCUUUGCAAAGAGGCAACAGCAGUUAACUGCCAUGAAAGUUAUUCAGAGGAACUGUGCUGCUUACUUGAAGCUCAGAAACUGGCAGUGGUGGAGACUGUUUACUAAAGUAAAGCCUCUUCUUCAAGUAACCCGACAAGAAGAAGAAAUGCAGCUUAAAGAUGAGGAGCUACAACGAGUGAAUGAAAAAUUCUUUAAAACAGAGAUUGAAUUGAAGGAGAUACAGAUGAAACAUAUCCAGUUGGUUGAGGAGAAGACUCUUCUCCAAGAGCAGCUCCAGGCUGAAACAGAACUGUAUGCUGAGGCAGAAGAGUUGCGCAUACGUUUACAAGCCAAAAAGCAAGAACUGGAGGAGGUUCUCCAUGAAAUGGAAGUCAGAUUGGAAGAAGAAGAAGAUCGUGGACAACAGCUGCAAGCAGAGAAGAAAAAAACAUUGCAGCAGAUGCAGGACCUUGAGGAGCAACUUGAGGAGGAAGAGGCUGCAAGACAAAAGCUGCAGUUAGAAAAAGUUACAGCCGAGGCCAAGAUAAAGAAAUUGGAAGAUGAUGUGCUUGUAAUGGACGAUCAUCACAACAAAUUAACAAAGGAAAAGAAAAUCCUUGAAGAAAGAGUGAAUGACCUAACAACAAAUUUGGCAGAAGAAGAAGAAAAAGCAAAGAAUCUGACCAAGUUAAAAAAUAAACAUGAAUCUAUGAUUUCAGAACUGGAAGUGCGUCUAAAGAAAGAAGAAAAAGGACGGCAAGAGCUGGAGAAGGUAAAGAGGAAGCUUGAAGGUGAAGCAAAUGAUCUCAAUGAACAAAUUGCCGACCUACAAGCACAGAUUGCAGAACUUAAGAUGCAAUUAGCUAAAAAGGAAGAGGAACUUCAGGCUGCUCUUGCUAGACUUGAAGAUGAAACUGCUCAAAAAAAUAAUGCUUUGAAGAAAAUUCGGGAGCUGGAGUCUCACAUAUCUGACCUCCAGGAGGACUUGGAAUCUGAAAAAUCUGCAAGAAAUAAGGCAGAAAAAUCAAAGAGGGACUUGGGUGAAGAGCUGGAAGCUCUAAAAACAGAGUUGGAAGAUACCCUCGACAGCACAGCCACACAGCAAGAGCUUCGGGCAAAGAGAGAGCAAGAAGUUACAGUUUUAAAGAGGGCAUUAGAAGAAGAAACACGAUCACAUGAAUCCCAGGUCCAGGAGAUGAGGCAGAAACACACUCAGGCUGUAGAAGAGCUAACAGAGCAACUGGAACAAGUGAAGAGGGUUAGGGUCACUUUGGAAAAGAGCAAGCAAGCUUUGGAAAAAGACAAUUCAGAACUCACAAUAGAAAUCAGAUCACUUAACCAGGCCAAGCAGGAUGUAGAGCACAAGAAGAAAAAGCUUGAAUCACAGCUGCAGGAACUUCAAUCCAAGUACACAGAUGGAGAGCGGGUUCGUAAUGAACUCACAGAGAAAUCCCACAGAGUACAGGUGGAAUUGGAAAAUGUUACUGUUUUACUUAGCGAAGCUGAGACAAAAUCGAUUAAGUUUUCCAAGGAUGUUGCUGGUUUGACAGCACAACUUCAGGACACCCAGGAACUGCUUCAAGAAGAGACUCGACAGAAGCUUAAUGUUUCCACCAAGCUCCGUCAGGUGGAGGAUGAAAGAAACAGCCUUCAAGAGCAACUAGAUGAAGAAACAGAGGCCAAACAAACCUUGGAGCGUCAUAUCUCCACACUUAAUAUUCAGCUUUCAGAUUCAAAGAAGAAAUUACAAGAAUUUACCGCCACAAUUGAAUCAAUGGAAGAGGGCAAAAAGAAACUCCAGCGAGAUAUUGAGAGUGCGACGCAACAGUUCGAGGAAAAAGCUUCUGCUUAUGACAAACUGGAAAAGACAAAGAACAGACUACAGCAGGAGCUGGAUGACCUAAUAGUUGACUUGGACAACCAAAGGCAACUUGUCUCUAACUUAGAGAAGAAGCAGAAGAAGUUCGAUCAGAUGUUGGCAGAAGAGAAAACCAUUUCUUCAAAAUAUGCAGAUGAAAGAGACAGAGCUGAGGCAGAGGCAAGAGAAAAGGAGACCAAAGCUUUGUCACUGGCCAGGGCACUUGAUGAAGCAUUACAAUCCAAAGAAGAGCUUGAGAGGACAAACAAAUUACUUAAAGCUGAGAUGGAAGACUUGGUCAGCUCCAAGGAUGAUGUAGGCAAAAAUGUACAUGACUUGGAGAAGGCUAAGAGAGGCCUGGAGCAGCAAGUGGAAGAGAUGAAGACUCAGUUAGAGGAGCUGGAGGAUGAACUUCAAGCAACAGAGGAUGCCAAACUUAGAUUAGAAGUUAACAUGCAAGCUCUAAAAGCACAGUUUGAAAGAGAUUUGCUAGCCAGAGAUGAGCAGAAUGAAGAAAAGAGGAGACAGCUUGUUAAACAGGUUCAUGAAUAUGAAACAGAACUGGAAGACGAACGCAAACAGAGGACUGUAGCAGCUGCAGCAAAGAAGAAGCUGGAGGUUGACUUAAAGGACCUUGAGGGCCAGGUUGACUUUGCCAGCAGAGCUCGGGAUGAAGCCAUUAAGCAACUCAGAAAGUUACAGGGUCAGAUGAAAGACUUCCAGAGAGAUCUAGAUGAAGCGCGAAAUGCCAGAGAGGAAAUAUUUGCUACUGCGAGAGAAAAUGAAAAGAAAGCCAAGAGUUUGGAGGCUGAACUUAUUCAACUUCAAGAGGAUUUAGCUGCAGCUGAAAGAGCACGGAAACAAGCUGAGCUUGAAAAAGAAGAGCUGGCAGAGGAACUUGCAGGCAGUGCAUCUGGAAAGUCCAGUCUUCAAGAUGAGAAGCGUCGUCUGGAAGCCAGAAUUUCUCAGCUGGAGGAAGAGCUAGAGGAGGAACAGGGUAACAUGGAAGGAAUGAGUGACCGAAUGAGGAAAGCAGUGCAACAGGCUGAGCAGCUGAACAAUGAACUGGCAGCAGAGAGAAGUACAUCCCAGAAAAAUGAGAGUGCACGCCAGCAGCUAGAGAGGCAAAACAAGGAACUCAAAGCCAAAUUGCAAGAAAUGGAGGGGACUGUGAAGUCAAAGUUCAAAUCUACAAUUGCUGCAUUGGAAGCCAAGAUAUCCCAACUGGAGGAACAAGUAGAACAAGAAUCCAGAGACAAGCAAUCAACUGUAAAGACAUUGCGCCAGAAAGAAAAGAAACUCAAGGAAGCCCUGCUGCAAGUGGAGGAUGAAAGGAAACAGGCAGAGCAGUACAAAGACCAGUCUGAGAAGGGAAAUGUAAGACAGAAACAACUAAAAAGGCAGCUGGAGGAGGCUGAAGAAGAAUCUCAGCGCAUCAACGCCUCCCGCAGAAAACUUCAGAGAGAGUUAGAUGAAGCCAAUGAAAGUAGCGAGGCACUGAGCAGGGAGCUCAAUUCACUGAAGAGCAAACUCAGAGGGACACAAGAUACUUCGCAAUGACUAAGCAGAAGGGGGAAUGAACCAUCUUUUGCACCCCCACGGAGAUCCGGAGGGAGCAGGAGAGCUGUAGAUAAUGCAGCUGAUGGGGCUGAAGAGGAUGCAGAUUUGCGUGAUGCUGAUUUCAAUGGAACAAAAUCUAGCGAAUAAUUUUAUUCCUCAGUGCACCUGCCUUUGGACUGUCACAGAAUUGUCUCUUAUUUCCUUUAACCCAGAACAGCCUGUCUGCAAGCCUUUCUGGCAAUGAAGAAUGUGUCUUCUUUACUCAUUGAACCUGCCAGUUCACAGCUAAUACUACAUUAAUCAAAACAAAUUCAUGCAGAUGUCAGGGCACCUGACUGUUCACAUUUAUGUUUCAAAACACCAUUUUACCCAUACUAAUACAGACAUAUUUGAUUUUGCAAGAAGUGAUAUCUUACCUCGAGUCUGAGGUUUAACUAAAGUUAACUCGGAAGUCACAUGAACAACAAUCACUUGGACUAUCUGAGUUGCAAAUGUCUCCCCCCCCCCCUCCCCACUAUCCCUAGUUGUGCCUUCCCCUGCCCACAAGCUGACACAACCUAUAGUAAAUUAUUCUUUCCCUUUCUUCUUUUUAUGGUCCAGUGUGCAAGCAUUGUGUCUUGAUGUUAUUUCACUCCAGAAAAUCUUUCUUCCAAAUGACUGAUGCACCCAGUGCCUUUCUGUUCACUUCUAUUAAACAUAUUUGUUUAAAAAUAAACAGAUAUUACACAAGG